AUGCUUUCUUCCAAGAUUGGAGCCGAGGUACCACAGACUGUCAAAGAUGAUGAUUAUGCUGAGAAGACCGACGUCUUCUUUUUGAAAUCUCAUUAUUCUGCCUUUGAGGGAACCGGUUUGCUGCGCCUUCUUCGAGCAAGAAUGACCAUGGAAGUUUACGUUUGCGGAUCUCUGAUUAAUGCUGGCGUGUAUGCCACAACUGUGGAUGCAGCUGGGCACGGUUUCGUGAUCACCCUCGUGGAGGAUUGUUGCGGCUAUUCAAACGAGGGUAGGCAGAUCAAGGCCAUAAAAACGCUCCAAAUUUUGACCGGCUGCGACCUGUCAACAUCAGCCGAGAUCGUGCAGGAUAAGACCCCAAGUCCGCCUGCAUUUGACCUUGAUAGAACAAGCUGCAUGCAUGAAAGCGGUGGCGACGACAUUGCAGAGUCCAUGGGGGCCCUAACGCUAGAUACCACUAUUGCGCCACGCGCGGCUGAAGCUGGCGCUAUGCAAGACAGCACGCUCGCCAAUAUCUUGCCAAAGGACAUCUCGAACAACCACAACAUCCCGAAUCACACAGCACCAAUGAAUGCCUCCGAGCCAAGCAAUACAGACGCCCAACAAAACGAUCAACAACUCCAUGGCCUCUGCGAAGGGGAUACCGACGUAAUUGAAAAUCUUCUAUCUCCAGAGCUGGAAGCUGGCAUUUUCGAGACUCUAAGCAAAGAAGUCCAAUGGCAACGCAUGUCGCACCAGGGUGGUGAGGUCCCUCGCCUGGUUGCUGUACAGGGAGAGGUGGGCAGUGAUGGGAGUGUUCCGAUAUACCGUCAUCCAUCUGACGAGUCGCCGAGGCUACUGCCAUUUUCCCCGACAGUUCUGGCAAUCAAGGCGGUCACAGAGGAGCAGCUCGGCCACUCAUUGAACCACGUUCUCAUACAAUUUUAUCGAGAUGGAAAGGACUACAUCUCCGAGCAUAGCGACAAGACGUUAGAUAUUGUGCGCGGCUCAUUCAUCGCAAACGUGAGCCUUGGCGCCAAAAGGACAAUGAUGCUUCGAACAAAAAGAGCGGAUAAGGACCCUUCCAGUGAUGAACAGCAUGCGUCUAGCGGUGGCCGCAAGGUGCAGCGAGCGCCACUACCACAUAAUUCCCUUUGCCGCAUGGGACUCAGGACCAAUAUGAAAUGGCUUCACUCUAUUCGACAAGAUAAGAGGGCUGAAAGGGAAAAGUCCCCAGAUGAGCUUGCCUACGAAGGGGGCCGCAUUUCAUUGACGUUCAGACAAAUCGGUACCUUCUUAGGCAAGGACGAAACAAAAAUCUGGGGACAAGGAGCAACCGCAAAAACCCCCGAUGAUGCCCAAAACGUCCUCAACGGGCAAACGGAGGAAAGUAUCAAGAUGCUUCGUGCCUUCGGCACAGAGAACCAUUCCUCAAAUUUCGAUUGGGAUGCCUACUACGGCAUAGGCUUCGAUGUUCUGCAUUUGCGCAGUGCACCGAGGUUCUUCUCAUCCACAGACGCAAUAGUCAAUAUGAGGAUCAGCAUGAUGCUUGCAGAGUAUGAAGUUGGGUACGCCAGCGGUAGCAUUACCCAGUCAAAGAAAUCUGCCACCUUUGCGAGCAGCAGGCAAAGCACUUCGGACGAUGUUUUCAUCAAAUAUGUCGACAACGACGACGACAAAACUGAAGUGACAGGUGAUUUAGCCAUCAUGCUCUAUUUGCAUGCGAACCAUCAGAAGAAGAAAAGCGUAGUGAUGCCAGGAGAGCUUGCCAAUCAAUUCACUCUCUUUCAGAAAUCCCUCUCUUUACUUACGACAUGGCGCGAAAUCAUCAGAAGCAUUGAAGACGAUCAAUCGCUGCUCAUUGCCUUGAAAGGUGAGCUGCAGCAAUGGGAGUUAUGCACGCCAGGCGCGGAUUUUAUUGGAGGCAAUCGCCCAGGCCUAGCAGAUUUUGCGCUGUGGCCUGUCUUACAUUCGAUGAUUGAGAGGUGCGGAAGCGACGUGCUGGCCGAGUUUAGAGCCCUUGGCAGUUAUUACACGGCACUGAGAAUGCGGCCCAGUACUGUCAAGAUGCUGGAUAGGUUGCAGCAGACCUAG